UCGCCUUUCCCAGGUUCAUGUGUCCAGGAAUCCAUCCGUGGGCCCCCGGAUGUCUCCCCUUCCUCACUUCCCUAAGGUCAGCCUCGCCUCUCUUUCUCUCUCUGCCUUCCAGCCUCAGCCUUCCCCAGGUUCAUGUAUCCAGGAAUCCAUCCGUCCUCCUCCGAAUGUUUUCCCUUCCUCACUUACCUAAGGUCAGCCUCACCAACCUGUAUUCUUGCUGUCCCCAGGUUCAUGUAUCCAGGAAUCCAUCCGUUCGCUCCCGGAUGUCUCCCCUUCCCCACUUACCCAAGGUCAGCCUCAACUGCAUGUAUUCAUGCCUUACCCAGGUUCAUGUAUCCAGGAAUUCAGCCGUCUACCGCCGGAUAUCUUCCCUUCCCCACUUACCCAAGGUCAGCCUCAACCGCAUGUAUUCAUGCCUUACCCAGGUUCAUGUAUCCAGGAAUCCAUCCGCUCGCUCCCGGAUGUCUCCCCUUCCCCACUUACCUAAGAUCAGCCUCAACAACAACCUUCCUCAAGUUCAUGUAUCCCGGAAUCCAUCCGCUCGCUCCCAGAUGACUUCCAUUACCCACUUGCCUAAGGUCGGCGGUUCCUUCCACGGAUCAGUGUCUCCAGGAGUCCACUUAUGUCACCUCAGAUGGACUCCCUUCCCCACUUCCCCAAAGUCGGCGGUAUUCUUGCCGUACCCAGGAUCAUGUAUCCAGGAAUCCUUCCGUCUACCGCCGGAUAUCUUCCCUUCCCCACUUACCCAAGGUCAGCCUCAACUGCAUGUAUUCAUGCCUUACCCAGGAUCAUGUAUCCAGGAAUCCUUCCGUCUACCGCCGGAUAUCUUCCCUUCCCCACUUACCCAAGGUCAGCCUCAACUACAUAUACACAGUACUCGUGUGAAAAGAAACCUCACCAACUUCAAAUACACGACUAAUACAUCCCAAGAAGUAAGGAUGGCCACCAAGCCAGGAGCUUGA